GCGGGGCGCGCCGCUGCGGGGCGGCCGCUGCUCUGGGCCCCGGGCCUGCGCCAAGGGUCCGCGGCCGGCGCUUCUACGUCGCGCCAGAGGUCCUCGGCGCCCGCCGACGCCAGCGCGCCACCGACCAUAGGUGAGGCACGCCAUGGAGGACUACCUGGACAAGCUGUACUUCGCGGGCACGGCCGCCGUCUUGCUGGCCAACCACGUGGCCCAACAGGGGCCCAGCGGCCCCGCGGCCGCGGAAGCGCUUAUGGCCCCCGUCGACGGGCGCGCGCGGCCGUCCAGCGAGCUGAGGCUGACCGCCGAGAACGUUCCCGUCGCCGCGGCAGUGGCGGGCAAGGCGCACCCGCGCGCGAAGGUCACCAUCGCGCCCCCCAGCGCCAACGACGGGGGCGAGCCUCGGGCGAAACCCGCGAGCAACGAUCACGACAUGGCGCUCUUUGUCGGGGGCCGGGCUAGCUUCAAGGGCGGCGGGGCUUUCGUCGGAGUUGCCAGUCAAUAUCAAGCACUGGCGCCGUCCAGCCCCAUCGCCCUUCCCGCUGAGGCUUUACGAGUAUGAGAGUUUCUUCAACGCUGCCGUCGACUCCUCGUGUUUGGGCCGACUGGGCAUCGCUCCCGCUGCAGGCGCCUCGUCCGCCCGACGCCAUGAGAAGUCCGGCGCACCCAUGCGCCAGCUAGCGAAGUUCCUUCGCGUUUCGCUCGGUACCUUCCCACAGGCGCUCACGAGACUCAAGGCUCGUUGAUUGCAGUGAAUUUUCUUUGGCCUCUCUUCCUUUUCGGCGCGCGCCCUCUGCCGCCAGUUCAUCACAUGCUUUUUUGAGCCUCGAGGUUGUGCCGAAAGCAGAUUGCGCCUCGCACGCGCCGGCGCUCUGCGUGCAUUGAUGGCUUUCUGAAGCACGUUUGCAGAAUUGACCUAUCAUCAUGGUGGCCUGGAGAGAAAAAGGUCGAUCUCCCUGGAGCUUUGGUGUUCGGCGUCGCCUGCGCUCGCCUGUGGGGGCCGCGAUUUGUCUCUGUCCGUGCCUGACCCUGUGUAGCACACCGCUCGCAAUGCAGUGUUUGUAUGCCGUUGCUGUUUAGCGGAUCGCCCGCCUGCUGCCGCCCACUGCUGGGGGCCAGCCAACAGGUCGAAACACCUUCCCUUUUAUUUGAGCUUCGAGGUUGUACUACAUGUAUAGUGUGCUUCGCGCGUGCCGGCACCCUGUGUGCAUUGCUGGUAUUCUGAAGCACGCCAGCAGAAUCCACAUAUCUUCAGGGUGGCUCGGAG